AUGAUAUUGCUGUGCUGCGGUGCAGCGUUGUAUAUGACGUCUACGUCCGGCAAUGCUGGUGCUUCCGAUACUCGAGUAGGCUGUUUCCAAAGAUCCAGAUGCGGCGCGACCAGCUCCAGAUCGGGCCAGCAAAUACUUUUAGCGUGUAAGCGAUGCUUGCCAGAAGACACCAAAAUAAAAGUUCAUGUAUCAAGCCUGAAUAAUUUGAAACAACAUGUAAGAAGGGUACAUGAGUCACAAUACGUACAGUUUGAAGAGAUUGUUAAGGCGGGCUCUAACCAGGGCAAGACAAAAAGGAGAACUCAUUCUGACAAUGACAAUAUUAAUGAUGAUGAUAGCACAAGUAGCAGUAAUCCUACUCCUGUUAAAAGAAGAAUACAACACGGUCUACAGCUGAGCAUCGGGGAAUCGUUCGGGAUUGCAGCUACUGGCAGCGGUGUACCCCAAGCCAAAGUGGACAAAUGUAUAGUAAAUUUAUUUGUUUCAAACAUGAUUCCUUUACAUGUUGUCGAAAGCAAGUCUUUUGGUGCGUUGAUAAAAACGUUAAACCCGAGUAAAAAUUCAAUUUCAAGAAGAACUUUGGGUAGACGCAUUACUGACGAACACAUUGAAUUGAAGCAACACCUGAUUAGUCUAGAAAAACCAAAUAACUCCAACUCUUUAAAGAGUAAAGCGCAAAGUCUCGUUAAAAUGUGGCUAGACAUGAAAUCAAAAGACUCGGUUAACGAUGCUGCAUUCCUCGGGGAACAGAUAUUCAUAAAUCUAUUCAUUAAAUACAAUACUGCUAUACCCUCAAGCGCUGCAGUUGAACGUCUUUUUUCCACGGGUAAAGACAUUUUAACACCAAAACGAGCCUCGCUUUCAGACGAGAACUUCAACAUGUUAAUGUUCAUGAAGGGGAAUAUGCACCUUAUGCCCGACGAUUAA